AUACAUAAUUUUUACUUCUCAAUCUUUCCCAAUAAAAUAAUAUUUCAUUUACAUAAUUGUAAUAUUUUUUAUACUCCACAUUUUCAUGUCACAUCCGUUAAGCCUUGUCUCAUCCCUUCUUCCUCAAAAGUCCAAUUUCAUGUGCCUCUUCAGCCCCCAUUCCCAACUUUUUUGACUUUUCAAAUCAAUUUCUUUCUAAUAUUCUUUCUUUUCUCAAAGUUUUAUCAUGUAAUAAACAAAAUAGCAUCAAGCGUUUGAGUCAACUACAGCUUCUUCUUAUCGACCUUGUUUACAAGAUAGCCAUGUUGAUGAUAAUCGAAACUGUAGUGAUUCUUUGGAGGGAGAUGAGGUUAUGACCGUCGAUCAAUGCAAUAAGAUUCGAGAAAUGGAUGACUCGCAGCUUGUAGGGGAUGCUGGCGUGGCGAUGAGAGGGGAGGGUAGGAGUUUGGUGGAGAUAGUGAAAGCUUCGAAGAUGAGUUUGGGGAAGCGAUGGCGUGGCCAGCCUCCAAGGUCUCAAGGGAAGAUAACAGCGUUGACGAUGCCUCCACAGAGGAAGAUGAGAGAUGAGGAAGGCAAGGAAGAUGAGGGAACUGGAGCAGAGAGAUUAGGCUACUUUUCCGGAGGUGAUGAAGCGGUGACUGGUGUGUUGAGAUGCUAUGGAGUCACGAAGAUCCAAGCAAUGCAUGGAUGGCACCAUAAGACUUCUUGUCGCUGCGUAAAAAUCAUAGUUGCAACAAACAUUGUUGCUGCAAUCGCGUUGCUUAGGAAGGAUAUUGAUGAGAUACCACUAGAGUUGGAGAAUGCUAUUGAGAAUGGAGAAGAGAAUGAAGAUGAUGAAUAAAGAGGAUUUGGAAGCUGCUAAAGAUUGUACAAGUUAGAGAUGUACGAAAACUUAUCUUUAUCUAGCUAGCUAUAAUGACUAAAUGUUAGUUGAAAUCCAAUGAUUUAAAUUGAUAUUGUAAAAGGAAACUUAACUACUUACAGGUAAUGAAUAAAUUUUUCUCUCUUUA